AUGUUGGACCCCAGUACUGCAGCCUACGUGCGCACGCUGCUGCCGCGCAGCGCUGCCAAGUACUGGAUGCAGCGCUACAGCCUCUUCAGUCGCUUCGACAACUUCGUGCAACUGGAUACGGAGGGUUGGUGGUCCGUCACGCCGGAGGUGCUGGCGGCACACCAGGCGAGCCGUUCCCGGGAGCUGUGUGCUCGAGGGCUGGUGGCGAUGGACGCCUGUUGCGGCUGCGGCGGCAACGUCAUUCAGAUGGCGGGCGUGUUUCCCGUGGUGAUUGGGGUGGAGAUCUCGCCCAAGCGCGUGGAGAUGGCGCGGCACAAUUCGAGCGUCUACGACGUGGCACACAAGUGCCAGUUCCUGUGCGCUGACUUCUUCAAAGUGGCGCCUGGCCUUAAGGUUGAUGCGCUGUUCAUGUCUCCCCCCUGGGGCGGCCCCAAGUAUCAGCAUGUAAACACCUUCGACGUGUUCUACCCGCUGGUCGGCUUUAACAAGUCCCUGCUGCGGCUUCUGGAUGUGACGUUGGACUGCGAUGGCGUAGUGGCGGCCUUCCUGCCCCGAAACACCGACUUGGUGCAGCUGGCGGCAGUGGUUCCGGAGCACGCAGUGUGGGAGGUGGAGCGGGCCUACGUCAACAACAAGCUCAAGGGCAUAACCCUCUACUGCCACCCGGGUCGCACGCCUGACCAACCCAAUGUGAGGCUGGAAGCGGACGCGGAGUACAUGGCGCAGGGAGCGCACAUGGAGUCCUCCGCGGGGUAG